AUGGGGGGCAAAUCAGCAACCAAGUCCGCUUACUUCGAUAAGCUCAAGGAGUUGCUCGAGGCUUACUCGAGCAUCUUCAUCGUCGGUGUCGACAAUGUCUCGUCUCAGCAGAUGCACGAGAUCCGUAUCGCCCUCCGUGGCGAGGCUGUCGUCCUGAUGGGAAAGAACACCAUGAUCCGUCGUGCUCUUAAGGGUUUCCUUACUGAGCACCCCGAGUACGAGCGUCUUCUGCCCUUCGUCCGCGGCAACGUUGGUUUCAUCUUCACCAACGCUGACAUGUCUGCUAUCAAGGAGAAGAUCCUGAGCAACCGUGUCGCCGCUCCCGCUCGUGCUGGUGCCGUCGCUCCCAACGACGUUUGGGUCCCUGCCGGUAACACCGGUAUGGAGCCCGGCAAGACCUCUUUCUUCCAGGCUCUCGGUGUCCCCACCAAGAUUGCUCGUGGUACCAUUGAAAUUGUUUCCGACCUUAAGCUCAUUGAGGGUGGUAACAAGGUCGGUGCUUCCGAGGCUUCCUUGCUUAACUUGCUGAACAUCUCUCCCUUCACCUACGGCCUCUCCAUUGAGCAGAUCUACUCCGAGGGUCAGACCUUCAGCGCUGGUAUCCUUGAUAUCUCUGAUGAGGAUCUCUUGAAGACCUUCAGCCAGGCUAUCGCUACCAUCACCGCCAUCUCCCUGGCUGCCAACUACCCCACCAUCCCUGCUACCAUGCACUCCGUUCUCAACGCCUACAAGAAGGUUCUCGCUGUUGCCCUCAGCACCGAGUACUCUUGGGAGGGUAUUGAGGAGCUCAAGGACCGCAUCGCUAACCCCGAUGCCUAUGCCUCUGCUGCUCCCGCCGCUGCCGCUGGUGGUGCCGCCUCUGGUGAUGCCCCCAAGGAGGCCGCUCCCGCUGAGGAGGAGGAGGAGUCUGACGACGACAUGGGCUUCGGUCUGUUCGACUAA